AUGGUGGUGCUUGUAAGCUCCGUAUGCCCGCAGUCAGAGGCCGCGGACUGUAAAACCUGCACAUUUCGCAAUUCGGAUGGUGUGUUGGUGCGGGAGGGCAUUUGUAGCGGUGACUGUGGGAUUGAUGUUGUAUGGGUGUAUGGUAGGAAGAGUUUGCGCUUGAAUUCCCUGGUACCACCCUUGCGGUACAUAGCGAACAGUUCCGUCUUCGAUGGGCUCUACAGCUUGGAGGACCUCCUCCUCCAGCACAACGACCUUCAGAGUCUACCUGUUGGUGUCUUCGACGGGCUCUCAGGCUUGCAGAAUCUAUAUAUUGGAGUCAACAGUCUCAAGAGUGUGCCAGUAGGAAUCUUUAGUCAGCUCUCGACUUUGCAGCAACUUUCGCUUGCCAUUAACAAACUGCCAAGUCUUCCUGAUGGAUUAUUCGACGGGCUCUCAAGCUUACAGAUCCUAAACCUUCGAGACAACGAGAUCUCCUGCAUUUCUUCUCAGGCUUUCGCUAAUCUAACUUCGCUUUCCACUUUGUAUCUUACAGGCAACAACCUGACGUGCUAUCAUACGUCUUGGCCAAAGUUCGCUCAAUUAGAUGCGAAUCUGGAACCGUGCCAAAACGAAACUCAUUGCGACGAAAACGGACAAAUCUCUUCUCUCGGAAUCAAUUUCGAAGCAACAACUAUCCCACUGGCACAGCAAAAUUGGACGGUUUACCCUGACUACCUCACUUGCCAAAUACAGCAUGGUUGGCAGGAGAUCGUGGAUGAUGAGCCUGCGCUAAACAAUACCAUCAAGACCGGUGGACUCGGGAAGCAGAUGGUGGUAGGCCGGUUCGAAGUGUGGGUAUGCAGCUACCAAGAUCAUUGUGCGAGGCCUGGGAAUGCUUUCUGCUACGUGUAUGACGAGCAUGAGGAGACCUUCGUUCCCUGGGGCCUAGAAGAUGAACUUAUGCUAAGCUAAGUGGACUUCGCCGCCGGUGUCACAGUGCGGCGGUGCCGACGGAAUACGUGAGGCCGCGCUCUGAGUCGGAUCGGCUGAGACGGACCAUCGACACUCAGGCUUAUCUGAGAGAUUCAAGCCUUGAAGAUUCAACCGAGAUUACUAAAAGGCACCGUUGAAGUGGAGACCUAGAGUAUCCACAGUGAUAAGUUUCAAUCCGUUGAAGC